CAAAAAUAUUCGAUGUAUCAAUUCGCAAGCGUUGAAUUGGAAGAUAGCAGUUGUCUUUUAAGUUCUAGUUCAAAAACUAGAACUAGGACAUAUCUCCGCACACUGUCUGAGAACCCUGAGGAGUUCGAUGUGGGUGUGCCACAGGAUGACCAGGAGGAUCGCAGAUCUUUUACCUAAAAUGGUUGAUAGAAAUAGAACGAAAUGUCUAGAAAUACUAUCUCUAUGUCUAAAUAAUGUACCUUCCAAUGAAGUUAUAUCGUUGUUUGAAUCUAGAGAAGUGUCUAGAUUAGUACAAGAUGGAGAUAGCACUGCGUUAGUACUAUUGGGGCGUGGCUUAUCGAGAUUGGGGCGUGGCUUGACGGGUAUAGGGCGGGGCUUAGUGUUGCAAACUGAGAAACAUUGUCGUAGUGAUGUUAAGAAAGUAAGGGAGGCUGCGUAUGGUGUUCUCAGAUCAGCUGUUGAAUGUCUCUUCACUGAUUCCCUGGAAUCGAACCCGAAACGAUCAGCUCGGUUCAGCAGUCCACUGCUGCAGGACGAGGAGUUGAAGGUGGCUCUGGCUUCCCUGGGUAUAGAGUUGAUGUCUGAUGAUAAACUCAGAAACUCCGUGAGUUCGUGUCUACCUACUAGUAUAGCAACAAGAUUCUGUGAGAGUUUUAUCAUCAGCGUAUACUUGCCUGUGGUGUAUGGUAAUAACAAAUCUGUGAACUGCCUCACAACAUUCCUGGAUAUAUUCUUUAAGGAUCUAUCAGAUAAUGAAGCUUUUAAACGGAAUCUAAUCUCAGAUACCAUGAAGAAUAAACUUCCUACGACAUCAAAAGAUUCAAAUCUUAUAAUUCAUAGCAGUUAUCAAAAUGAAGAUUUGACUACUGAAGAAACAAAAACAAUGGACGUACUAGAAACAUUAUUGCAGUUUUCUAAGACAGGUGAAGCAGCAUCUGCACUAACACUUACACUCCUGACAUCAUUGUCGGGAACAAUCAGGGGUCUUGAUUUUCCUGCCGCCAUGACACAAUUAUUACUGCCUAUGUUAUCACAAGUUGGUGAUAUCACACCAUUUGUGAUAGAAGCUUGUAGAUUGCUUGUUGAUGAGUGUUCUUCUAUACCACGAUUUAAACCAGCAGUGGAAGAACUCUUGAAAUCAGUCAAGGGUACUGAAGGUGAAAUAUUGCUUCAAGUUUUGUUAGAAGACGUUGAUGUCAGAUUAUCUGGUAUUGAUUAUUUUGUACUAGGCAGCGCAAAUAAAAUAGAUGAAGACAGUGAAAUGAUGGAUUUGUCAAAAGAAUUUUCAUUGGAAGAUGUAGUGACGGCAUUUGACUCUCUCUCCAAUUGGCAGCUGUUGACACUGCAGCAGCAGAAGUCCACAUCUGACAGACUACCUCCACUCUGGACCUGUAUGUCUGAUUUCAGGAAACACUUAGAUAGUUGGCAGGUCACCACAACAAGUACAUGGUUCGACAAAAUGUUGUCAAUUUAUCAAGAAUCCAAGAAGAGUUACAAAUCUUUACAAUGGUUUAACGAAAUGUCACGUUGGCCUAAGAGACAGUUUACAAUAUCCGCUACAAUAGACGCUUUAGAAUUAAAGAGGAUGCAAGAUGAAGAGCAUCCUCUGGAUCUGAAGUGCCGCAUCCAGCCCCAGGACUGUCUGGUUGAAUGGGCCGCUAGGAUAAUGACCAGAUCUGCAUGUAUACAAAAGAUGUCUGAAAAUAUGGAAAGUAUGACGUCAAUCAGUCCGUCUCACUCGCACGCGCUGCGCUGGUGUGCGCGCGCGAACGAGAUGGCACUACCUUUACAAGUGUUACGUUGCAUACAGACUAUAGACAAACAGGAGUUGGCAACCCUGGCAUGGCAGCGUCAGGAACUCCUCGCCAGGAGACAGCUGGCGCUAAAGACUUCUGAUAUGGACAUCCUCAGUCUACUCUUGGAGACGGCACAUUCUUAUGAAUCUGAAAGUCGAUUAAUUGUAGAUAAUACUACAAUAGAAGAUAUUAUUGGUUUGAAGAAUCUUAUAUUAAUUCUGCGAAAAGAUGUAGGAGCGCUCUCUAACGAGCAAUUAAGGUGUAUAUUAUAUGACACAAAAGAUAAAAUAAAAACAUCAGAGAGUAGGGUAGUGGGUGAAAAUAAGCAAAUGCUUAAAAAUAUGGUGCAGAUAGCUAUUACGCACUAUGACGAAAACUGGCCACUAACUGGUGCUAAAGAACAAAACAUUCAAUUAAAAGAGAUCACAAACGCCUUAGGUGUAGGUAUAGACUUGAAUUUAGAUCUAGACUACAGCGUGUUAGUUGACGUGCUGCUGUACCGACUGAGCUGCGCUGAUCAGCUCGAUAAUAAUGCCACCGACGCUGUCCUUGGCAAGAUGGAUACUCUCAUCCAUGUCCUGGAUGACUUCGCGAUAGAGGAGCUGAAGAGGAACCAAUUCAAAUUGACCUCUCCAUGUGAGCUGGUCACCAAGUUAUCAAGGGAUACUAGCAAACUGAAACAGUGUCUGCAGCUAGUGGCCGACCCUAGACAUAUGUUGCGUCAUUACGUAAGAGAGUUGCUGAAAGCGCUUGAAAAUCUAGAUGACGCUGCGUGGACCAAAUCAUUUCGUAGAAUGAAAGAGAAGAUAUUUGAGAAUCCUUACGCCGGAGUUGACUAUCAAGUACUUAUUAAAUAUAAAGAAAUAUUAUACAAAAUAUCUGAAUUUGAUUUAAAUAAUAAAGAUUCAAUAAAAGAAUCUCUUUUGAUUUUAUUAAAAGAAUUGAAUUCGCAAUCUGAAAGUUUCAAGUUAUCGCAGCUCUGUCCCGCUCUAACACAAGCGGAAUUCCUAUGUGGGAGAAAGACGGAAGACUGUCUCUCUCGGUUGUUAAUGCUACCCCGUGGAGUACAUGUACACAGAUUUGAUGAACAGGUAUCAGUGUUUACGGAUUCCAAACGUCGUCCUGUAGUGUUAAGUGUACGUCUAUCAGACGGUAGUAGACGACGGCUGCUGGUGAAGACUGGCGAGGAGUUGGGGGUGGAUGCAGCCACUCUCAGGGUCAUCAGAGCUAUGAGACUCACAACACAGGAUUACCAGGUGACGUCAUUAGGUGAUGAUAGUGGACUUAUAGAGUAUUUGGAGGAUCACGAGAGGGUCCGGGAGAUGAUUUCUAAAAAAUAUGACGUAAAAGGUAUAGAAUCAUUGAGUACACUUGGUGAGAAAUUAAUUUAUGAUACGAGAGAGCACAGCAUCAGUCAGUACCAGAAAAUGUGCGCGAAGAUACCAGCGCAUGCUUUCAGAUCUGUUAUGGAACUGAAUAGUUCCAGUUUUCAAGAUUUCAUCUACAAGAAAAAGAAUUACGAAGAAAGUCUCUCCGCUAUGACAUAUGCCACCAGUUUGUUAGGCUUGAAGGACCGUCAUUUGGAGAAUAUCCUAUACGAUGUAGUUAGGGGGUCAGUGCGUAGUGUAGACUGGAACAGUGCGCUCCAGCACGACCAGUGCGAGCCUCCUCCAGCCAGGCUCACGCGCUGUCUGCUCGCUCCGUGCAGGAAACAAGUGUUAGAAAGUCGCCUGCAAACAUUGACUUCGGAAACCAGGUUUUAUCAUCGAUUCCUGCAAGCAACAUUACAAAUAUCAUUCAAAUGGAUGGAAAACAAUAUACAAGAUAAGCUCCAAACUGUAUACGAUUUAAUGCGCGGGACUAAAUUAUCUCAUCAAGUGAGUCAGCGGAGCCCUGGAGACUUCGCCCUACUUAUAGAUAAUAUCUUCAAAGAUUUUAUAUAUAAGGAUAUUUAUACUAUUGAAGAACAGGUAACGAAUCUGUUGCGUCAUUGCACAGACCCUCAAAUCCUGGCCAUCACCAGGUCAGCUUGGGAACCCUGGAUAUAGGUCAUCAACUUAAACACAUGGGGCUGGAGACUUUCCUAAGAGGCCUGAUACAUUCGUCACCCACUUACCUAAAUAUAAAUACAGAUAUAAUAUAGUAAAAAUAAUUUGUUUUAAAGUGGGUUUCCGAGACCAAAAUCUC